UUUACUGUGCAUUCUUAUCCAUCUUUUAUGCUUUCAAAAAGAUAGUUUCCUUGAUUUUCUCAAAUACGUCUCCUGCCGAACGUAAAUACUUCCAAAACUGUUUGCUUUUUAUUUUCUUGUCAUCAAAAAGAAAAUCUUUGAAAACCCAGUCUCCUACUCCCUCUCCCUGCCUUUCUCUGAGUUCUAUAUUCAAAAAGAAAACCUUUCUUUAUAUUCUUUUUCAUCUGUUCACAAAUGGGUUCUUUAGAAAAAACCAUUCUUGUUACUGGUGGAGCUGGGUUCAUUGGCACCCACACAGUGGUGCAGCUUCUCAAUGGAGGUUUUAGAGUGUCGAUUAUUGACAAUCUUGAUAAUUCUGUUAUCGAAGCUGUUCAUAGGGUUAAGGAAUUGGUGGGUCCUGAGCUCUCUAAGAAGCUUGACUUCAAUUUGGGUGAUCUGAGGAAUAGGGAGGACUUGGAGAAGCUUUUCUCUAAGACACAUUUUGAUGCUGUCAUCCAUUUUGCUGGCCUUAAGGCUGUUGGAGAGAGUGUUGCUAAUCCCAGUCGUUAUUUCGACAAUAAUUUGAUUGGAACCAUCAAUCUGUACGAGAUCAUGGCCAAAUAUGAUUGUAAAAAGAUGGUAUUCUCAUCCUCUGCAACUGUCUAUGGCCAACCUGAAAAAAUUCCAUGUGUUGAGGAUUUUGAGUUAAAGGCUAUGAAUCCUUAUGGUCGCACAAAGCUUUUCCUUGAAGAAAUUGCACGAGAUAUUCAGAAGGCAGAGCCAGAUUGGAGUAUUAUUUUACUGCGGUACUUCAAUCCUGUUGGUGCUCAUGAAAGUGGUAAAAUUGGUGAAGAUCCGAAGGGCAUUCCAAACAAUCUCAUGCCUUACAUACAGCAAGUGGCUGUUGGCAGAUUGCCUGAACUUAAUGUAUAUGGUCAUGAUUAUCCAACUAAAGAUGGCAGUGCGAUUCGAGACUACAUUCAUGUUAUGGACUUAGCAGAUGGUCAUAUUGCUGCACUUAGGAAGCUUUUUACUACACAGAAUAUAGGUUGCAUUGCCUAUAACCUUGGAACUGGCUGUGGUACAUCUGUGCUUGAAAUGGUUGCUGCUUUUGAGAAGGCUUCUGGAAAGAAAAUCCCUAUUAAACUAUGCCCAAGAAGACCAGGAGAUGCUACAGCUGUUUAUGCUUCUACUGAGAAAGCUCAAAAAGAACUUGGUUGGAAGGCAAAAUAUGGGGUCGCGGAAAUGUGCCGUGACCAAUGGAACUGGGCUAGCAACAAUCCAUGGGGUUUUCAGUCUAAGCCUUAGGUUUUCCAAGUCAUACUAUUUCUUCCCAGUUGAAACGUUUCUCCUGGAAUUGGAAUGUAUAAAACUUGGUUACUUGUUUAAUUUGCUCACGUUACAGACUUACAGUGAGCAAUAAACCUGCUCUUUCAACAUGUCAUUUGAGGAAACAUUUGUCUGAUGAAUCAUACAAAGAUUUGAACAAGUGUUAAAAGGAUCUUGUAGAACUCCAAUAGGUUACAUGGGUAACGCCUUUCUUUAUGCU